AUGUCCCACACCAAACUUCUCGAUAAACCUUUAACUUCGUUCUUCAGACGUGUGCACCGGGACCCUGCGCCCCCCUGCCUGUGCAAGGGUGAUGGGUGCCCCUGCCAUUGUGUGUGCGUGUGUCCCCCUCGCAGACGGAUCUUCUCCCUGGACAACUUCGAGAUAGAGUGGCUGCUGGGGAAGGGCAGUUUUGGGACUGUCUACCUGGCACGGGAGAGAAGCUCUGAGUUCCUGGUGGCCCUGAAGGUCAUCUACAAGUCCCGGGUGGAGAAGAAUGGACUAGAACACCAGCUGUGGCGGGAGAUCGAGAUCCAAGGCCGCCUCCGGCACCCCAACAUCCUGCGUCUCUACAACCACUUCCACGACCAGCAGCGGGUGUUCCUCAUCCUGGAGUACGCCCCGCGGGGGGACCUCUUCAAGGAGCUGCAGUGCUACCAGCGUCUUGACACCACCCGCACUGCUACGGUGAUGGAGGAGAUGGCAGAUGCGCUGCUGUACUGUCACGAGCAGAAGGUGAUCCACCGGGACAUCAAACCUGAGAACCUGCUGAUGGGACUGAAAGGAGAGCUGAAGAUUGCUGACUUUGGAUGUUCUGUGCAUGCCCCCUCCCUCCAGUAUGGCUAUGGGGGCCUCUAUGGGGCUCCCCGCUCUGCUGCAGCGAACGCCGGAGAGCGGCUCUGCGAGUUGGGCGUCUGCAUCGGCCCGAGGGCGCUGCCGGUGCCCCGCGGGACAGCCGAGGCGCAGAGGGCCGCUCUGCACAGAGCGCAGCCGGAGGCUCUCCCGUUGGAGGACGUCAAAGCAGUGAUGCAGCAGUUCCGGAGGAUACCCGCGCUGCAGUGA